UUGACAAUUCCGAAAUCAGGAGCUUUGUCAUAUUUUGAAACAACAGGAAAAUGCCAAAUAGAAAAGAUGAUGAUUCUCUUUGAGAAUGAAACACAAUUGACUUAUAACAAUUCUAGAAUUAUAUGCUGUGAUUCCGGAUUAACUGCUAAGAACAUUGAUAUGUCUCUUUCUGUUUCAGGAAAUUGUCUUUUGUUCGUUCAAAAUAAUUAUGAGCCGGACAAAACUCCAAUACCAGAACCAACUCCUAAACAAAAGAGUAAAACAGCCAGAUUAGCAUUACUUUUCACAGGAUUAUCUAUUGGAAUGAUACUUAUUAUUCUUGCAAUUAUAUUCUUGGUUAUCUUCCUAAAGAGGAAGAAAGAACCAUCGCAGACUAUUGCAGAAGCAGUACUUUUAUAA